AUGGAGCUGUACCUGGGCACCUGCGCCAAGGUCGCCCGCGGCGCCGCCUCCAAGACGGCAACCGGCGCUCUGACCUCCGACAGCAGGCAGUGCGGAGAUGGGGCACACAAAACCCCCUUUGCCGAAGUGGGGGCGGCUCAUCUCCUGGAUCUGCCUCUGGGGGUGAAGCUGCCUGUGAUCCCCGGAACUGACCCUCGGUUCUUCACCACGAAUCUAAGCGAAAAGCUUUUUCGACCUUCCUAUGGUUUUAACUUGACAGACCCUUAUUGUCGACUUCUGGAAAACCAAUAUAAAAGUCUGCACGAUCCACAUUUAAAAGCAUAUUAUCGACGCAAAGAUGUUCUGAGGAGACUGAAGAAAGGUGGCUAUGUCACCAACAAUAAUAAGAUUGUGUGUAGCUUAAGGGAACUGAAUAAGUACAGGCAGUAUCUCACCAACUUAAAAUUAGACUUUGAAAGGAACUAUGUAAGAGAACAAAAAAUGCUUGCCAAACAGCUACAGAAAUUGGAUGAAACCAACACGUUACCUGAAUGUUUCGAUGUCGCACAGUUCCAGCACUGGUUGCUGCGUGAGGGCACGCAAUCAAUUAAGGACCAGGAGCGGUUAAUAAGGCACAGAUAUUUGGAUAUGAUAAGUAAAGGAUUAGAACAGUCUGAGCGUGCAGCAGAAGAGCAACGCCUCCUCCGGAUGGACCGAGAGGAGAGAAGACAGCGGGAUCACUUGCGACGAAAGCUUACUCUUCGGAGAAAAAUUGAAGAGGAAUGGAAGACGAGGGAGAUGUUCCUUCUGACAAAGAUCGCAGAAGACGUGAAAAGAGAACAGAAGCUAGAAGGGCAGCGGCAGAAAAGCAGAGAAGAGAGGAACAGAAAGAAACAAGCCCUGCUAGAGAGAAAAAUGGCUUAUCAUUUGCAGAAGAUGCAAGAAACUGGCUUUAAAGAAGAUGUGGAUAAAAAUGCAUUUGAGUCUGGUGGACAAGAUGGAGCAGAUUUUGAAAAACCUGCAACAAAUACUAUUUUUCCGUAUCAAAGUAGUUCAAAGAAUGUUAACAAAAAAAUAACUUCUGGUGUUGAUCAGUCUUGUGUACAAGAAAUUAGUACAGAACAAAAGAAAGAUGGAGUGACAACGAAAAGAUCAAGUGUUGAUGAGAAAGGAUCUGAAACUCAUGUUACAGCCCCAGCUGUUGUUUCUUCUUCAAUUGUUUCAAAUAUGCCACAGGAUCUUCUACAAAACUGUGUGCAACCAAAAGUAACUUCUGAUGAGCUAAAUGGCAUAAUUCAGAAUAUAAUGACCUGGGUAGUGGCUACAGUGACAAGUAUAUUAUACCCAGCCAUCACAAAGUAUGAAGAAAGGCUGCAGAGUAAUACCUACGCGGUGGCUGAUGAGUCCACCCUUUCUUCAGAUAGUUCAAGCUUUUGCAGUACGUGCAGGGAAGAGUUUCCCUACGGGAGCUACACGACUGCGACCACGAAAACACUUCAGGCAGAAACUUGUACAUUUGCAGUUAAUGUGUCCGCGAAUAAACCAACCCCAUCUGUAAAACCUCCUUCUGCCCAAGUGGGAAGAGCAGUUGUGGGUAAAACCUCCCAGAAGAAAGGAGAAGCAAAAACCUCUGAGCUCAAAUAUAACAAGGCAGCCUUGAGUCGUUCCCACCCCAAACUCAGAAGUUGUAAAUCUGAUAGUCAACUUUUAGCAUCUUUGCAAAGAGGCCCAAAGAAGUCUAAGGAUGCUACCACGGAAACAGAAGGCUUAGUAAAUCUAUUGUGUGAUAAAAAAGCAAAAGCCAUGGAUGAGUUGAACAAUUUAAAGAAUAUUUUUGUUAACUUUAAGUGUCACUUGAAAGGGGAAACUAAGUUGAUUUUGGAGAGCAUUUUUCAGGAAAUAAUGUCUGACUUAACACACGCCGUUCCCUCAAUUUCUUCUGUUACUGCUGAAGUUUUUGUUGACCAAUCCGACCUCGAGAAGGAAGACUUGGCCUCCAGCAUCGAUAUCUGCUCAUUAGCUUCAGACAUUGUGGAAAAUGUGUUUGAGAGGCUGGCGUCAGCGGUUGAGAAAAGGUGUGUUGAGAUUUUCUCCCAAGAUGACUUGUCCACAGACAAUACAUCAAGUUUGACAGGGACUGGGGAAUACUUCACAUCAUCCAAUGGAAAGCCUUCAGAAGACUCGCUGCCUUGUGCUAUGCAGCCUAUGUGUCAUAUUGCAGAGGAUAUGGUGCAUGAUAUUUUAGAAAAGCUGAUGACCCUUGCAUCACUGAAGCAAAGUGAAGAUGAAACUAAACGUUCCUACCAGCAACAGGCGAGAGACCCAUCAUAUACCAUCCUUCAGCGAGCUAACCAAAAGAAGACUAUUCCUGAGGUUGACACAGAUAACUUACUUGCCAAUGAAGAAAUACAAAGCUUAGUGUCAACCAUUUUUUCACAGUCCUCUUUGCUUGGUUAUAUUGAGGAAGCAGUCAGCACUAUAUUAGGUUAUAUUCAAACUGAACUUAAUAACGAGAGACUUCUUGCAUCUGAGCAGACAGUAGUAUUCCUUCAGCUACUAGAUGAGAUCUUCACUCACCUCCACCAUGAGCCUGUAAAACCAAAUGUCCGACAAAGCAGACGAUCUGCACAGAGAAAUCUUUCUGACACUAAGGAAAAAUAUAGGCUCACUAGCACUGCAGUGUCUCAUGGUGCACAGGGUAAAAGACCAUUCCCACGAGUUAAUGUUCCAGGUAUGGUCCUUUAUUCUGAAGAUGAUAAUGAAGAGAUAGACAACAUUGUAAAAAAUGUGAUUGAUUCAUCUCUCAAAGAAGAAAAAGUAAAAGCGCAAGAACAAACAUCUAAUCAUUGGUUCACAAAGCCAAACACUUGUUUUGAAUACAAAAAAAAUAUUAAACCGCCCUUGAAGCCUGCUUCUCACAGCAAAGUUGCUUUCCGUGACUGGGAGUUAAAGACUGAGCUACCACCUCUUAUCAAUGAAGACAUUUUAAAGGAAAAACACUUCCUGAAUAAAGACAUUUCAAUUUUCAACCAAGAUCAAAAGCAUCAAAUAAAAAAGGUUUCAGAAAACACAGUUAAGUGUAUUUUAACAGAAAUUCUCAAGGAUAUAUCUCCUGCUUCUCCAGGUCGUGUGGGUAGAAAAAUUGGCAAAGAAACUUCUGCACUUCUUUCAGAAGCCGCCCAAGGACUCUCACAUCAGGAAUGGAUGGACCAGGUGUUCUCUGUGUCAGAGAUAAGUGCGGUAGCUCAAGAAAUAACAGAUUCUGUGUUAAAUAUACUUUUCAAGGCAUCAGACUCCUUGUCCAAUUCCACUAAAAGUUCUGCUUCAUCCUUAAGUCAUCAAACUUUUCUAGAUAAUUCUGACAUUCCUCAUAUAUCCAAGGAAGCACCAAAUAAAAAGCCAUUAAAAAUAUGGUUUGACAGUGAAAGAAAAAUGAAAUAUUUAUCUUCACUUGAUGUAGAUUCUGGAAGGCCUUCUUGGUUAAAAUCUGGAGAAAGUGAACCUAAAUGUGUAGAUAACAUUAUUGAUAAGAUAACUAAUACAAUUUUUAAAAGGCUAAAGUUACUUGUUUGCCCAAAAUUGCAAACAGAAUUCAAACUUUCAUCUGCCAAGCAAUCUUCAUUGAAAUCACAACUUAGUACUUACACAACUAAAGUCGUAAACAUUGUUUUAGAUGCUAUCCAGAAUGAACUGGAACUCAAUAAGAAAAAUAUAAACCUUAGGGACCUAGACCAUAACAAAUCCCAUACAAAUAAAGGGUUUUUGGCUGAUCCUGAUAAGAAAUUAGAAUCUCUCGUAGCUAAUCUCAAUGAUGACAAUAUAGAAAGUCCAUUGUUGUCUUGGAUUUGUGAUAUGCUGUUAAGUGGAAGUGAAGAUAAUUCUUCACUUCCUUUGGAUAAGCCAAGGUCUACAACGUCAUGCAGAAGUGACAAUGCUGGAAGACAAAACAUUUUGCAAAAUAAACAAGAUAAAGAAGAAUUUCGAAAAUCUUUGGCUACUCCUUGUGCUAUCCACAGCGCUGUGAACAGAAACAACCUCAAAGAAGAUGCUAAUUUGCAGGUAUUAGAUAGGAUUGGGGAAACAGUACAUGAAAUGCUGUGCACAGUGCUUGGCACUGCUCCGGAUUCUCAGGCAUCUUGUAGAGAGCAAAAUAGAGGAAAAACAAACAAAGACCGGCAAAUAGAUGCUGUACAGAAGUCUGAUAUUCAGGUCAUUUCCAAAACUAUUUUAGAAUAUAUCCUUGAAAAAUUAUGUACAAUUGACAUGGAUAGCAGUCUUGUAGGUCCUAAACUUAAAACUUUCUCAGAAUCUCCUGAUAUUGACAAGCUAUCCUUUGCUUCAAUGAUUGAGGAAAUGGCCAAAUGCACCAACAUAAUAUCCAGUCUAAUUUCCAGAAAGAUACAGAAGGAUUACAAAGAGAUAACUAAAAGUAAAGCAAUGAGUGUUUCUUCUAUGUCUUCAAAAUCAGAGAGCUCAAAAGAAACUCACCAAAACACACUGACAACUGUUACCACAGAUAUUCUUAAUAUGGUUUUUAGUAAGCUAGAAGGGUUUGCCAAUGGAAAUUUAGAAACUCAAGGUGUUAUUAAGGAUGAUGCUAAAGAAGACAAUAGGAUGGAUAGAAGUGGUUCUUUUUCAGAUAUACGUGGGGAACCAUUGGAGUCUGUUUUAUAUACACAGGCAAAGAAGGUGUCCAGCGCUAUUUUGAAAGCCAUUCAGGCAGAAUUAAAGGUGAACUCAGAUGAUUUAAAGGAAAGUAUAAAAAAGCUGUCACCUGAGACGCAAAUGUUUAUGGACAUAGUCAAUUUAAUUUUAGACGUAGUAUCCUCAGAUACAUUAAACGAGAAGGAAUCAAAAGACAAAGGCUCCAAAACCUACCGAUAUCAGCCAACUUAUGGGAAUUUUCUUCCUGGUGGGGCUGAAUCAGAUUCAUUUCUAGAAGAUGAUACACAUACAGAGAAAAAUUCCACUAGAGAGAGAACAUCACGGAGACAGGAAACUAAAUUCUGUUCUUCUAAACAAAGGGUCCUAGAAAUGAUCCUACAGGAAGCUGAGCUGAAACUCAAAGAACCACAUAAAUCCCCCAUCAUUCCCAUUAUAAGAAAUAUUUUGAAUGAAAUUUUUCCAGGUAAUUUAAUCAAUCAGUUAAAUGUGCUUUUCCUGUCCCGCCCCCGUUUUAGUGGCACACCUCACAAUGUGCUUGGGUCAGCUGCUCAAAGACCUGUGCUACUCAGGGAAAAAAUGAGUUCUUUAGUGUCUGACUCAGAUGUAAUCAUAGUGGCAGGUGAUAUUGUUAGAAUUGUAUUUCAUAAACUUUACACAGCUGCCAUGACCGAAGAACAUGUAAGUGAAAACAAAUGCAAAAACAUGUUUUCAGCAAACGUCACUUCUCGUGAGCACGCCUAUAGAGGAAAAUCUGUUGCUAUGUCAGGCAGAAAUCUUUGCACCCGUCAGCCCAGAUUCAGUGUUGACAGACAGACCAAAGUAAAGAUGAUUGAAGAUGUUGUACAGGAAAUAUUUCAAAAAUUGGAAAUUUUUGCUACGUCCAAAAUAAAAUCUCUCUUUUAUUCCCAAGUCAACUUCACAGUCCCAGAGGUUUUAUCUACUCAGCAAGAAGACCAGACACUGAACAAAGAAUUAGCUGCUGAAGAUUCAUGUUCUGAUGGGCAAAUUUCCCUUGGCUUGGUGGACCCUAAAACCAGUUCAUUUUGUCAAAUCUCUUUGUCUAAGUUGAAUAUCUAUGCAAAAGAAGUGGCUAGAAGAAUUUUACAGGGGAUCAAACUUGAGUUAAAUAAAGAAAGGGAAAGUCCUCUGUUGAUGCAUAACACUGUGGUUUCUGAAAGUGUCAUAAGUCAAAUUGUGAACACUAUGCUAGAUAUUAUAUCCUGCAAAAACCUUAACGGUGAGAAAGAGAAUGACUCUGCUCAGUCAGAGUACAGUAUUGAAAAGUUGUUCAGUAAGACUGAGUAUCAAAAGGUACUUCAGUUUCAAAUACAGAACACCAUUGAAGGCAUUUUGUGUGAUAUUUAUGAAAAAACCCUGCAUAAAAAUAAUUUCUCAUUUGCCACACCCACUCUGAAAUGUUCAGAACCAAAUUCUGAACUGUUCUCUAAAGCUGCAAAUAAGAUUUCCCCUGAACUUUCCAUUCCGAAGUCAGACAUCCUUUGGCUAACCAAGGAUGUGGUGAAUAUCGUUCUUUACAGCCUCACUUGCGCUGCCAUGAGUGGCCCAGUCACAGAGGAUCCUACUUGCACAAGAUCAACCCUUUGUGAUGUGUUUCCAAAAGCAGAGUCCCAGGCAUCUCUUCUAAUGAAGUCAAAAAGCAGUGGAAAACCAGGGUAUUUUCCGUAUUCAAGCAAUACGAAACCAGCAUAUGCUAGUGGUAAUCAGGCAGUUGGAAAGGCGAAGGAGGGCACCAAGCCAUCUGUUCCUGAUCCGUGUGAGGAAAGUGCUAACUUCAUCACAGAAACUAUUUUCGAUCGGUUACAAACUUUUGCCACAGAAAGAGUAGAUUCAUUAAUUGCUCUUGCUUUUCAGGCUAAAGGAACAUCAUUUAUUAGUCCAGAACUGGAAAAUUCUAGGCAAGAUGACAGUGUUUUUCAUGAAUUAAACCAAGUGGAACUUGAUGUGAAUGUCUCAAAAAGAUCAUCAAUUAAAACCAUUCUCAGCCAAGAGCUCUCAGAACCCACUUUUGCCAGUUACAGAGAAAAAAUUGGAGCCACAAUUCAUUUAUCACAAGCUAGCCUGAAGGAAUAUGCUGAUACCAUUGCCAAUGCUAUUUUGAAGCUUAUUAAAAAUGACUUAGACUUAGAAAUCCAAAAGAUGCAGCCAUACCCAAACAACAUUUUAUUCCAAAGAAAUGUAAUUGUGAGUGAAAUUAUAGGCAGAAUCUUAAAGAUUAUGCAUAAUAAAAUAUCUGUGGAGGAAAUUAGUUUUUCCUCAGAGAAGUCUAACUCUUCACAAUUAACUCUAUCAAGUGAAAUACUGCCGGGACACAAAGCAAAGGAAGAAAACACUUCGUUGUCUCUGCUUACAAACUGUCCAUUAGAACUCAGCCAAAUGACAUUUGAGAAGGAAAGCCAGAGAACUGUUUUGGAAGAAAUAUUUAUGAGAAAAGGAAAAUCAGAACAAAAAGAAAACAGUGAAUUGCUCAGAAGCGUGGAAGAUUUUAUGGAUAAGUUAGAUGAAACAAUAAUGGAAGUCAUAAGCUAUUUGCUCCCAUUUAAUGAAGUCAUCCAUUCUAAUUCUAAAAUUAAAACUUCAGAUACAACAGAAAAGAACUGUCAAUCACACGUUAGCAGUGAAGCAAAUGACAUCAUUGAAUGCGUUUAUGAUAAAAUGUACUCUGUCGUUGUGACACUGUUAUACAAAAAGAAUGAAGGUAAGGAAGAAGGAGAAACACUCCACAAGAAUGAUACCUUACCAACGAAAUCACUAUACUUUAAACACACUAAGCAAGCAGGAAAAAGAAGUAAUUCUCCUAGAUGUGGGAUACCAGAGGUAUGUCUUAAUGCAAAUAGUCAAAAUGUUUCUGUGUUAGGAAACAUUGUUUUGCAAUAUUCACCAUUACAAAUAGGAAAAGAUUUAACUGAACUUGUGCUCCAUAAGAUUACAAAUUUUGUCACAUUACACCUACAAGAGAAUUUGUCCAGUGCAGGAUAUUCACAUGAAUUACAACUUUGUAAAUUACAGAACCCUAAAGAUAGCCCUAAGGACAUCCCUAAACCAGGGUUUAAAACAGGUUUAAAAGCAAGAUCUUUGCAUAAAUUUAGAAACAAACCACAUGCAGGACCGAGUGUGGUGAAGGCAAAAAGCAAGACCAAGUUAAGUGCUGGAGAGAAGACACCAAGAGAUGGUCAGUCGAAGAGUACCAUCUGCCUGCCACACAUCUUUGCCACCGGAGACGCCAAAAACUUACUAGAAACAAAAUUUCCCACUUCAGAACUAAAAGCAUGUGCCAAGGAUAUAACAAGUAAUAUUCUAAAAUCAAUAAUGAAGGAAUUUGAAAGGGUGACACAAAUGAGAGCAAUGGUACACACAAAAGUUUUGCCAUCUGAUCAAAUCAUAGAAGCCAGUAAAAUAGUUAAUAUAGUUUUGCAAGAAUUAUGUGCUACAGCCAACCACAGUUUGUCUUAUCCAAUCAAAUCCUCAUGUCUGUGUGAUCUCAAAUUAUCACAACGGUGUUUAAGUUCUCCUGCUAAAGAACAAGCGUGCUUUUACUUAGAGGAUGUUUCCUCACAGCUAGAACAGAUUUUUCCUAAAGAAGGUAUAUUUAAAAAAAUGUUUGACAAGUGGCAAACAGAUUCUAAUGAUAUGGAAAAUGAAAAAUAUACUCUGUUGACAAUAGCUGAUAAUGUUUUGACUGAAAUUUCAAUAAAAGCCAAAGACUUCGAAUAUUCUCUUUCACUGUUAAACCUGCCACUCAUUGAGCAUUGUGAAGGCAGUUUCUCUAAUCAGUUUAAAGAAGAUUGUUCUAGAGCAGAAGACAUCAAAGCACAGAUUAAAAUGUUUGGAAGGGAAAUUGUGGAAAUGCUGUUUGAAAAACUGCAGCUAUGCUUUUUGUCCCAGAUGCCCUCACUACAUAAAAAAGAAACUCUAAUAAGUAGAACAGAACAGAGCGCUGAUAAAAGUAAGCAUGGUUUUCCAACCGAGCAGACAAUCAGCAGUUUACCAAUGUGUGACAUAAAGUCAAAAGAUCAAAUUUCCACCACCUCUUAUGAGCAAGUUGCUCAGGAAAUUAUAGGAAGAGUUUUAAAUCUAUUGGAGUCAUUUGUGGACUUACAGUUUAAGCAUAUCUCUAAAUACGAAUUUUCUGAAAUAGUGAAAAUGCCUAUCGACAACCUUUUUCAAGUUCAACAGAGAAGAUUAAGCAAAAAGAUGUCACCCAAAUUAAGACCACUGAAAAACGUUUCUGAUGGAUCCAAGCCAAGCUCUGAUAUUUCCAAAGAAAACAUACACAAUACUCUGCUGCAGGUUCAUGCAUUUCAUUCAGAGUUGCUUACAUAUGCUGUUCAUAUUGUCUGUGACAUGCUUGCCAUGAUCAAGAACAAACUGGACAAAGAAAUAAACCAAACGGAACCAUCUUGUACCAAUAUAUUGAGAGAGAACAUUGUAGCCAGUGAGAUCAUUGGCACGCUGAUGAACCAAUGCACUCAUUUUGGUGAGUCUUUGAUCAGAAACCUUUCAGUGGAGAGCUCACUCCAAGGAACUAAAAACGCUUUCCCAGUUGAUAAGGAUGAAUUUGAGAAUGCUAUGCAAAUGCCCACACCAAAGGUAGAAGGUACUCAUUUGAAGCCUAUUCUUGCCCAAAGAAGUGUAUCUGGCUUGGUAUUUUAUUCAUUGGAAGACACAAGAGAAAAGUACAAACUCUCAUCCAAUUUACUCUCAUGUGUCACAUCUUCUGUGAAAGACACAAUUAAAAGUUCUGGAUCACUGAGAAGGUUUGAUUCAGAAAUGGUGUCAGCAUGUUCUAGAAAUAGAGCUCAGGAACAUCACCAAGUGAAAGCUAACCUGAGGCAUUUUGGUAGAGCCAUGAAGAGAAGUGGCCCCCUCCCCGAAGGUAGUGUCUUACAGAAACUGUUUAAGAAAGCCAGUGACUCCACAGAAUCAUCUUUAAAGCAAGUUAUGUCUUUCAUGGAAAUGGGAAAAAGUGAAAAUCCAAGAGUAUUUCACUAUGGGACUCAAAAGCCAGUUGUUGAGCCAAACCAAAUUCAGACAACUGUCUCUCCACUCAGAAUAUGUUUAGCUGCAGAAAACAUCGUCAACACUCUGUUGACAAACUAUGGUUUUCCAGAACAACCCCCCACUAAUGCAGGUAUGGAAACAAUGAAACCAUUUUUUAUAUCAAAGCCAAACUCAUUAUCAGAAAUAUGCACAGGUUCAAAAAACAUGGAAAAGAAUUUGCUUACAGUGUGGCCUAAGGGAAUCGGCUAUGGAACUGAAGAAUGUGAAAUCCCUGAAGCCUGUGGGGGAGAUUUUUCCUUAUUGCAAAAAUGGCAAAACAAGACUCCAAAGAUAAAGAAAACAGAGACCCCCAAAGAAGUUGAAGUCCUUGCAUUUGCUGAUCAUGAGCUGGGUCCAAAUGAAAUUCAUUUGGUAGCAAUGCAUGUAACCACAUCUGUUAUCACAUAUUUGAAGAACUUCAAAACUAGAGUGUUUACUACAGAGAAAGUAUCUCUUCUUUCUACACUGUCAAAUAAAAUCUGUGAAUCAAGACAGUCUCUACGGAGCAUGUACAGUAAUUCUUCAAUCAAUCAAUUCUGUAAACAUCUCACUGACUCAGUCAUUUGCCAUUUAAUUUCAUGCAUUUCUGAUGGUACCAUAGAAGGUAGAGAGAAGGACAGACUAUGGGAAAUCCAAGGUGUAGCAUAUAACAAGAUUAUUUUGAUUCAUUCUCAAGUAUUUGAGAACAGAUCAAUAUCUAUUGGAGAACUUGCUUUAAGUAUUUCUGAAAUAAUUACUGAAAUUCUUGCCAGUAGUAACAUUAUAGAAGCUGACAGCAGACAGCAAAUGGUUUACACAAAAACAAAAUACAUUUGCUGUCCAGGAAUAACUUCGGCCAAUUUUGAUGAUUUUUUUCAAGAUGUCUUAACAGGGGUGAUUCAAGUACUGUCUGAGGAAAUAGGAAUAAAUCAUCACUUCAAAAACAGUGGGAGACACAAAUCUCGCUCCAUGCAUGGAAGAAAUAACGUGUCUAUUUGCAGUGAAGUCAAUGCCACAGAACUAACAUGCCCUAGAGUUUGGAAAGCAACUCAUCCCAUUGAUCGACUUGUUUGGAAAAACAAGUUAAAUUAUCUGACAUCUCAGCUAGACAAGCUAAGCACUGAUGAAUCAAAAAAUAUGGUAAAUAAAAUAUUUAAUAUUGUUUUAGAUUUAUUUUUGCCAGAUGAAUUCCCAAAUAGAGCUGUAGACUCCAGUAAAUUAGCAAGAAGAUGUUUCUCCUCCCCAAACAUUCAACAAAGUGAUAUGAUCCUUAGAAAUAACCAAGUGCUAUCCCCCAAGUCUAGUUUUCUUCUCAAUGUGGUAUGUGAAAAACUCAUUAGGACACUUCUGGAAAAGUACACAGCCACUGCCUUUUCUGAUGAUGGUCUUCUUGCUAACGAAAUAUCAGCAGAGGUCCUCCAACUCUUAAAACUACUUCAAAAGAUAGAAAAUGGAGAUCUUGAUUGUUGUACAAGGUCACCAGAUGGCAAAGAACUCCAAAAAGAUUGCAUGUCAGAGUCUUUGGAAAAUCUAGCAGGAAUAGAUCAAGAUUUAUUGUCAUCAGAUUAUGUACUCACUAUUAUUUCUCACAGCUUGGUUAAAUCGCUGAUGGAUAAAUUGUCUCUGAGUUUACAAGAAGCUCCUGAAAGUCCAUUGUUUGAAAACAAAUAUUUGAGCCAUAAAGGAAGAGAAACACAGUCCAAUUUUACAAAGGAAAAGAGGCCAGAAUUCAUGGAGUUAGGACAAGGUAAAGGUUCUUUAGGAUUCAUGAGUUAUGAUGACACUUCUUUGACAGGACCUCUAAAUAAUCCACAUGUGGCUAGCUCUGAAAUGCAAGCACCAUUUGGCAGGCAGUGUGCAAUAAAAUCUUCUUCAUGGCUACCUCUUAAUAGACAGACAACAAAGGAAAUGGAUGCAGUAGUCAUUCGUAACAUAUAUCAAAGAGAUAUGAACACUGGUGUUUAUUCAGCCACCUUUUUGGAGGAAAUAAUUUCAGAAUUGUUUUUUCAUUUCUCUACAUCCUUGUGGGAAAAAAAUGCAAACAUCACUGAAGUCCAGCUCCAUGAGAUGAACACACUAUUUGUCAACCAUGUGGUAAAUGAGUUUAAUAACGCUCAAGUCACUGUUUUGAGGAAUGCUGAAGAGAGGCUGUAUUUUCCACCAAUUCAUAAAGAAAUGGUCAGGAAGAUUGUUGACUCUGUUUAUUAUGAUAUUUUACACGAAUAUGAAUUGAAAAUGACCUACGGUAAUAAUCUUGCAUGUGCAAAUGGGUUGCUAGCUCAGCAAAUAGCAAAAGGUAUACUGUUAGAGAUUUUAGAUUACCAACUCCCAUCUUCCCUAAAGGUAAACCUCAGAACCCAUUCAUGCUGUCCUCUUGAAGCUGAAGUUAUACUGCAGAAGCUUCAGAGCAACCUAAGAAACCUCACUUUCCAAACCAGGUCUUCAAAAAGCUAUAGCACCAUGUUACCACGCUCAUUUUUAGAAGAUGUUGUCAGAAGACUUUUACUUCAGUUCAUUCCUAAAUUUGCUAAAUCUUCCUCCAUGGAAAAAACAUAUGGAAUAAGCUCAGAUUUUAAUGAAAUGUCCACCUGUAUAAUAAAUAAGGUUGUGUCAGCCAUUUCAAAACACAAAAUCUGGUUUACUAGCUAUGAAAAUCAGUACCUCUCUUCAGAAAAGAAUCUCGAAAAAAUGGUGGACUCUAUUUAUGGCAACAUUUUAGAAAUGUCUGACUGUCUUGUUUCAAUACAGAAAGGUAUAGUUAGCCGAAACCCAGUGAUGAUUGAUCGGAUAACCAGUUUUAUUAUCCAAGAGAUUAUUGAAUGUCAUCUUCAGCCAUUUUUGUAUGGACAGGCUUUACCUCGUCCAGGGACUCCACUGGAUUCAGUAUCUAAUAUGGUUAAACAGGUUCUUGAUGAAGCCCUCGAAUCACACAGACCCAAGAAGUCACCAUUGGGAAGUGUUUCCCCUGAUAUCUUCAUAGGGGAGAUGGUUGCCAAGCUCUUAUCAAAGAUUUUUAGCCCGAGGCCUAACACUGAAUUUGAGCUGGAAAGUAUGACACGGAAAAUAGUAAACUCUGUAAACCAGUAUUUUGACAAAGGUGAAAUUCCCUUUUUGUACGAUGACAAGAAGUCUUUGCCUUCUAUGGAUACAGAUAUAAUAGAUGAACUUGUUAGCUCUGUUUAUAGGAAUGUGCUAAACCAGUAUGGACUAGAUCCUGACAUUAAUAAAGAGAGUGAAAAUAGUGAUGUCUUUGUGGAAAAUAUUACAAAUUUUAUUGUAGCAGCUAUUUCAAACUACCUUCUCCAUCCACUGUUUUCUGGUGAUCUGUCGACUUCAUCUUAUUCCACAUUGGUGGCUGAAAAUAUUGUUCAAGAUGUCCUUAGUAACAUAACUCAAUCUACCAGGUCAAAUCAGAUUUUCCCUCCAUAUACCACCUUUCUGCCAUAUGCAUUCUUAGAAGAUAUGGUCAGAGUAUUAUUAUUGAGAUUCUUUCCUGCUGCCUCUAGUGUGGUUCCCUACAGAGAAACUCUGAAAGAUAAAUCAAAAAUGAAUUUUAAUGAAGUUGCUUCCAAUCUAAUCAGUGAUAUUAGGAUGAAAAUUUCCCAACAUGAAAUUCAGUUCUCAAAAGAUGAUGAAAACAACAAGUCUGUUUAUUCAGAAGAUGAUGUUCAGCAUCUUGUUGAUUCAGUAUUCAAUAAUAUUUUACAAAACUCCGAGUCUCAAGAAUCAGUGGAGCAAAAUAUAACAAGCAUCAAUAAUGUUCUUAUUGAUAGAAUAGCAGGCUUCAUCAUUAAACAUGUCUGUGAACAACAUUUUCAGCCAUUUUUGGAUGCAAAUUCAUCUUCCUUAUCCUACACACACUUUGGUGACAAGAGACAGCAGUCAUUUUAUGCCAGUGUUUACUCCUCAACUUUCUUGGAGGAUGUGGUUUCUGGGGUUUUAAGAAAAAUAUUCCACAGGGCAAUUGGUAUUGUACAAAUGAAAGCCACAAGAGAUUCAGAAGAUGGACUUUUUGAAAAAGCUGAAGAACUUAUAUAUUCUAUAACUGAGGAAUUCUCAAAAGCUCAAGUUACCAUUAUAGAAAAUGCUGAGAAACAGUUGUGUUUGCCUCCAGUGGAGAGCGAUGUGGUAAAAAAUCUUAUUGAUACAGUGUAUAGUAGAUUUUUAGAGGAAUAUGAAAUGGAAAUCAAGCCUCACAAAGAUUUUCUGAAUGACCCAAGGACAUUGGCUGCUCGGAUAACAACAAUCAUCCUGACUGAAAUUUUUGAUUUUCAAAUUCAUCCAGAUCUUGUAGCAAAACUGCCUUUUAAGUCUCAAUCCAAACUCAGUGAAAACGUUUUGAUACACAAAGUUCAAUAUGAUAUUAGUAAGUCAAGAUUCCGAAGACAGGCUUCAACCAUGUAUACCACUCUGCUAUCACAAAAUCAUUUGGAAAGAAUAGUCACUCAGCUUGUAUCUCAGAUUAAUCCAUUGACAUCCACUAUAGAACAUCCAGAUGCUUCUCCGUCAGACUUAAGUGAUACAGUCAUAAAAUUGAUAAAUGAGAUCAUGUCAAUAAUUUCAAAAAAUGCAAUAUGUAUCACUAAACAUGGAAGUGGAAAACAAAAUAUGAUUCCAGAAAAAGAUAUACAGUCCAUGAUUGAUUCUAUCUAUGCUGAUCUUUCUCAUUCAGAUAUAUACAAGUCUCUCACAAAAGAUAAGAAAGGCAUAACUAACAUACCUGUUCCAAAAAUAGCAAGUUUUAUAAUAAAGGAAAUCUUUAACCAUCACCUACAGUCAUUUUUAUCUGGAGAUAAAACUCCUCUUUCAACUUCAGUUGACCAGGUUUUCAAAGAAAAAGCAAUAGAUCCUAAGCAAAUGAGAUGGGCUUGCAUUGUGAAUUCAGCUGUCUUCUUGGAGGAAGUCAUUUCUGAGCUUUUGUGCAAAAUUCUUUAUGCAUUCACACACAAUGUGUUGGCUUUUGAAAACCCAGACAUAGCAAAAGCCCAGACAGCUGACAUUGUCACAACAUUAGUCAAAUCAAUUGUUCUAGAAUUCACCACAUCAGAGAUUUUGCUUGCAGAUAGCUUAGAUAAAAAUUUGUGUUUUUCAGAAGAAUAUAAAGAAAUGAUUCAUGAAACCGUCAACGUAAUCUAUGAGAAAUUAUUAAACGAAUAUAGAUCUUUAGUUCAAGUGUAUAGGGCUAUACAAAGUGACACUGCCUGUUUUGGAAGGAAAAUAUAUCAUUUACUAUUGGAAGAAAUUUAUGAUUAUCAGGUGCAGUCAUUAAUUUCAGGAGAAUUAGUAUCCUCUUCCUGUUCUUCCCUUCGAGCUGAUAACAUCAUCAGAAAUGUGCUCAGGGCCAUCUUGAGUGAUAGCAGUGCCUUGCCAUCAUGUGUUACUGUGUUUCCUCGGUCUCUUCUGGAAGAUAUGAUCUACAAGCUCCUGGGGCAUAUCUUUCCUCCAACUGACACUGAAAGCAAACUAACAGAAGAAGAGCUAAAGCCAGAUGAUGAUUUUGCAGCUGCAGCUUCAGAAAUGACUGAUGAAAUUAUAAAAGAAAUUUUUGAACAUGAGAUCCGACUUUCCACUGCAGUGGAGAAUGCAGAGAGUACACCGUUAGAGGUCCUUGAGAAUUUAGUUGACUCCAUAUGUAAUAAUAUUUUGAAAAAACCUGAAUUCCAAACUGAAGUACAGAAGGAUGCAGGCAAAAAGGGAGGAUCAUUUCUCAGUAAAAUGGCUGGCUUCAUUAUGAAGGAAAUUAUGGAUCAUCAUUUACAGCCAUUUCUACAAGGUGAAGAAUCUAGUUCCUUAUCUGAUUGUGACCAUGCCUCCGUGGUUACUAAAUCUGGGAAAGAGACAAGACAGGUUUCUCUGUUUCCAGCUCCAUUUUUGGAAGAUGUAGUAGUUGGCCUUGUUCGCAAAUUUUUUUCUUUCCCAGCUAUUAAAGAUUCUAAGAGAAAAUCAUCACAAGAACCAGAUAUUAUGGGUUUAGCUCUCAAAUUUGUAAAUGCUCUCCUAGGAGAAUUUAGAAAAAAUGAAAUUAAGGUUUUACCACAGACUGAAGAAAAGUUUUCUUUCCCACCAAUUGAUAAAGAAGUAAUUUCUGAUAUAACUGGUUUUGUGUAUGAUCAGUUCAUAGGGAAAUUUGGAUCUAAUGAUAUUCAGAAGGGAGGGAAAAGUAACAUUGUUGUAGAAAUGAUUGCUUCUUUAGCACAGAAGGCAAUCUCUGCAUUCAAGAUUCAACCACUAUUCUCAGGAGACUGGUCUUCCACCUUUUUUUCAUUUUUAAAUCCAGAUACCAUCACCCAAAGGGUUCAACACUUACCACAGAACACAUCUGUUCAGGUAACUAGAUACUCAGAAGAGAAACAACUUACUUUAUCAGAACAGUCACAUAAACAAACUUCCCUAAGCUCAGAUCAGAAAAAGGUGAUCAUCAGUUUGGAUCAAAAUAGAGGUGAAAUGAGUAGAAAGAAUUUCCAUGCUAAAGACCUACCAGUGAAAAAAGACAUCCAAAAUCCAGCGCUUGCCUCUACUAUGACCAUUAUGGAAAGGAAUGUGAUUAACCUAAUGGCAGGGCCAUCUGCGGGUACAGCACACAAAAGGAAAGAGGAUAAAAACACAUUUGGAAUUUUUACUCCAAAAAAUAAUGUAAGUGUAUCAAAAGCUACUUCUCCAGCUACUGGGAACAAAAAGAAGGAACAAGAUUUGAAAAAAACAGUUAAAAAUAAUGCUGUUGAAAAAACAAAAAUAUCAAUUCCAAAAAAUGAAGACUCAAUACAAACGUGUUUUUCGGGUGUUCCUAACAAAGAAUAUAAGGAUAUGUCAGAUUCUCUAAUAGACAAUGAAAAGAAUAGGGGCAGUACUAAGGCAAGUUCAGGAAAAGAAAAUAGUCAGAACUCUCAGUUUUCUUCUUGGAAGCCCACAGUAAAAAGUAUUGAGGCUACAACAGAGAAAACUUUGAAAAUAACCAAAAAGUCAGACUCAGCUGCUGAAAUAGAUAUAGAUGAGCAAAGCUACUCAGAUUAUGAAACUGUUCAGAACAUCAUUGAAAAUAUUCAUGGGAAUAUUUUAGAAAGGUCUUCUCUUCAAGAACCACCCGAGUUUUCAAAGUACAAAUAUAGCAAAAGCUUCCCUGGUUAUAAAGCACUGAAUGUAAUUCAGGAGCCUGGCAAGGAGUCUACCCAGUUUCUUAAAACCAAGAGUUUAUCUCCCUCUGUUAACAAAAAAGUCUGUGCCAAAGAGACAGAAAAGCAAGAGAGAGAGAGACAAAAAGAGAAAGAGAAAAAGGAGGUUAAAAGUAAAGCUACUGAAACAGAUCAUCCUCUGUACCUACCAGAAAGUAAACCUCGCUUUUUCCCCUCUAAUUUUUUAGGAGAUGUUAUUAUUGAAAUAGUUAACAAACUGCUGUUUCCUUCCUCAGCAGAAAUGGAAACAUGUGAAAAAUAUCUAAAUGUAAAUAAUGAGCAGGAUCAAACAGAACUCUAUGACACAGGCAUGAAACUUCUCCAUUUAUUGAUAAAGGAGUUUUCAGACAUUCAAGUUAAGACAGUUAGCCCUGAUGAAGAAUAUCCAUUUUCUCCACAUGAAAGUGUGCCUUCAGUUCCUAGGGCACCUUCCAGGAAUAAAGAGUCAACUACAGACAAAGCAUCAUCAGUCAUUAAGAUAAAAGACGUGGAUAAAAUGCCAGACAUAAAUAAAGGGACUGAAAAACUCUCUUUACCUGACAUACCUCUCCUAGAGGAAAUACCAUCAAUUGACAAAACCUUGGUCAAUAAAGUUGCUCAUUCUUCUAUUUGCAGUAUUUUGAAAGAAUAUGAAACUCAAGAAUCUCUUUGUCAAGACAUUAACAGUAAUGGGGAUAAUUUAGUAAAAAGGUUAACUAAUGCAGUGAUAAAUGAACUUUUUCAACAUCAGCUUAACUUGGUAUUUUGUGAUAAGUCUCCAGUUUCACCGUGUUUGCCUCUGGAUUCUAAAGGUCUUGCGAAAAAUGUCCAAAAGGUGACCCAAACAUCCAGUAAAGAAUGUCAGACAACAGCACCAUAUACUGUCAUGUUGCCUCAUCAAUUUUUAGAGGAUGUUAUUUCUACCCUUUUAUCAAAAAUUUUCUCAAAAAUAUCUGACACCAUCACCAAAGCAGAGGCAUCUGAAAACCAGUUCUCCACAGAACUGGAUUUCCUUCACAUGGAGUUAGUAAGUAAAAUUGCAGCAGAGAUUUCCAAAAAUGAAGACAUGAUCAUACAGUACGUAGAAUCCUUGCAUCCCAAUGAUGAUGAAAUUAUUGACUUGGUGGUUCAGUCUAUAUAUAAUAAUCUUUUGCCACAGUUUGGAUCACAAGAAAUCAUACAAAAUUGUGUGUCUAAUGGAUGCAGAUUUCUUUCAGAAACCAUAGUGGACCUAGUUCUAAGAGAAGUGGCCGGGAAUCAGUUGCAGAACUACUUUUGUGGAGAGUUAACUCCACAUCAAUGUGCUGAGGUUGACAGCGUUGUUGAAAAUAUCCUUUUUAGUGUCAUCCAUACUACUCCACCUCAACCAUCACCUGUUCGUAAAGUGUCCUCCAGCGUAAUAGAAGAAAUUGCUGUAAAAUUUCUGUCAAAGCUCUUAUCUGUUUUUCCAAAAGUACGUAAGAAGAAUAAAUCUCCAGAAACAGAAAUGCACAAAAUAAGCUCAAAAAUACUAAAUUCAUUCCAAGAAUUUAUUUCCAGAAGUAAGAUCAAGCUUACAAGAUCUUCCAAGGAACCACCUAUUCUAUCUUUAGAUGACAGUGCAACUAUUGAAAAUGUAGUGAAUUCUGUGUAUGCCAGUGUUCUAAAACACUCUGGUUCCCAUACUUGUGUAUUUAAAGAUUUAAUGAGCCAGAGCAAUGUCCUUUCUGACAUAAUAGGCUUUCUAAUGGUGAAGGAAAUUUCCAAUUCUGAAUUUCAACCUCAGGUAGAAGAAGAAAUAUCGAGUUCAGAACUAGUUCUAGAAGCUGUCAAAAUUAUGGAAAAAGUGGUCAAAAUUGUUGAUAAAUUUAAGUCCCAGGAAAGCUUUUCUUCCAAAAAAUGUUCUAUGGUAGAUGCCAAUGUUUUAGAGGAAGUAUUGGCCUUGUUCUUGGCUAAACUAAUAAGAUCACCUUGUACCUCACACCAAGGUACACAUGACUUAGAAAAAUCUGACUUAAAUAAAAUUGCAUCACAACUGACAAAGUCUGUAACAGCUGAAGUUUCUAGAAGUAAUAUUAGUCUAGUAGCUGCUGAACCUGAAGAAUACUCUUCAGAUCUAGAAGAAAUGGACAUGAUCUGUCAGGUUGUUGAUUCUGUUUAUGGCAAUAUGCUGCAACAGUCUGAAAGUUCUGAAGAACUUUAUGACAUAAAAGAUACCAACACAGUCUUCUCUAAGGUAGCCAGUCUAAUUAUCGAUGGAGUUUCAAGAGUUCCAUUAGAUAGGGCUACGCCAAAGAGUUCAUAUACUAGUGUCUUUGAAGAUCUGAAUAUUGAUAGAAUCAUUGAAAAGACAGAAAGGCAUGCUGAGAAAAUGAUGCAGGACAAAAAUGAGUCUGAAGGAGGUAGAUCUGGAGAAGAGUACUCAGUGGAAAUAAUCCCACAUGUGGGGAAGAAAGCCAUCAGAGUAGAUCCACAUAUUAUUUCCCAGCACUUAGCAGUCAUCUCUGUAAAGACGGAGCCACUUGACAAAAUGAAAACAGAAUGUUUAAGAAGAACUGGACAUAGCAUAGAAGAAUUGAGGCGAGCAUCUGUGGAUGGGAGAGGUUACACAUCUGGAAGCCCAAAUGAUUUAGAAGAGAGAAAGAAAGAAAGACGUACCUCUUUGAAUAACACAGGUCGACUGGAUAUAAAGCCCUUUGAGGCUGUUUGCAGAAAUUCAUUUCAAAAUAUAAGAAAGCCUGACAUCUCCAAGGUAGAGCUUUUAAAAGAUGUCCGAAACAAGAAAGACCUCAUCGUUCGAUUGGUGGCUCAUGAUAUUAAUCAGGAGGAGACAGACUAUUUUACAGAUGAUGCUUUGUCGUAUGAUAAAAAUGAGGUGGUUUUGGGAGAGUGUUUUGGACAAAAAUCCAUAGGAGAACUAUCUGAAGAUGAAGUGAAAGAAGUUAUGAAGCUAAUACAAAGCAAGAUUGCUCCUUUCAAGCCACCCGCCACCACAGGUAGCAUGGAAAACUUUCUGUCACUAACCAAAAGUGUUCAAUCCACAUCGGCUUCGAAUACUGACUAUUCAGAAGCAACCUCAAACCAAACAGAAUCUCACAAGAUACAAGGUAAUCAAGCAGCUAGUGAGCUCAGCAUGGCCACUUCCAAAAGAGUGACUGAAACGCAGCCUUCCAGGAAGAAAAGGUCAGGCCAUAAGAAUAAAGGGAGGAGUCUUGCUACUGAACCAACACAUCACUUCAUCCACAGAAUUAUGAGCACAUCUUCCUACAACCAAGAUGAUCUCAUUUCAUUUUCCAGUGAUGAUGAAAAUUCUGACACUUCUCCAAGAAAAAAGAUAUUGGAAGGAUGUUCUCUGGAGCAAAAAGCAGAUAAUCUAACAGGCCUUCAGUUUGUCUCCAUCUUUGAAGAAUCCAAGCGUGUUGAAGACAAGGUGUCUCCCUCAAAGGAAAUCAUUCCAGAAGUUCCCAAAAACAGUAUUUCCAAACAGAGAUCUAAAAUGCUGGCGAGAAUGACUUCAACCCUGUCGAAGGUGUUUUCCCGGUCUCACAGCAGCGUUCCCAAAUCUUCCUCACCACCUCAUCGGAAUGACCACUGA